AUGACUUACGUCACAAGACUAUCUGUUAAAAAGAACCUACGGCAACGAAGAGAAAUAAAUAACAACAAGAGCAAGAGUGUCGAGAAAGGACGCACCAAUAAUCAACAAAAAAGAAAGGGUCCUUUAUCACAACAAAAACCAAAGUUUGUUAAAGUAUAUAUUAAUGAUAUUUUAUCUAUGAAAAUUGAGAAAGGUGAAGAAUACGUUUUAUUAGCUUAUUCUGAUUCAAACUUGGUUCCAGAUUGGCAACCAAUGCGUAAUCUUAGAAAUGCUAAUGCUCUCGUCGAAAAAUUCAAAAAACGUCAGUCUUUGAUCUCUAAUUUGAAUAAGAUUAUAAUCAACGUUAAUGGUGGCGAUUAUACCGAAGUUACACAUACAAUUAUAAAACCAGAUAAAUUUUCCAAUGAUUCGAGUUCAAAAUCAAGUGUAGAUGGUGAUGAUAUUGAAAUGAAAUAG